AUGAUCUCUAGGGUUUUUGACUUCAUGAAACAAUCCAAAUCCAUUCAGCUAAACAACAAACCAUUUCUUGAUCUUCUCUCUUCUUCAUCAUCAACCAAACCCAAAGCUUUGCACGACGUGUUCAUCAACCACAGAGGAUCCGACACAAAGAGAAAUAUCGCAACUUUGCUCUACGACAAUCUCAAAGCCCGUAACUUACGUCCAUUCUUGGAUAUCAAGAGCAUGAAACCAGGAGAUAAGCUUUUUGAUCACAUCAACCAAGGGAUUCUCACUUCUAAAGUCGCUGUAACCGUGUUUUCUCCCAACUAUUGCAAUUCUUAUUGCUGUUUGCACGAGCUUGCUCUUAUAAUGGAGUCCAAGAAAAGGGUCAUACCGAUAUUUUUCGAUGUCAAACCUUCACAACUCGAUGUUAUGAUCGAAAGGGUGAGAUGUCCUGAUGAUGAAAUCCAACGGUUUAGAUGGGCUCUUCAAGAAGCUAAAGAUAUCGUUGGACUUACGUUCGAUUCCUGUAAAGGGAAUUUAUCGGAGGUUGUCAUGAUUGCAUCGGACGUUAUCGUUGAGAGGUUGGUGGAGUUAGAGGAUGAAGAUGAAAAUGCUUAA